GUUAUGAGAUAAUUCAGGAUUAAUUCAAAAUAUCAUCUUCAUCGUCAUUUAACAUCCAUUCUCCAUGUUGGCAUGGGUUGGACAGUUUGAGGGCUGGCAAGCCAGAAGGCUAUACCAGACUCCAAUCUGAUCUGGCAAAGUUUCUACAGCUGGAUGCCCUUCCUAACGCCAACUGCUCCAAAAUUUAAGCAGUAACACAACAAAAGGACAAAUGGAAAAUUCUCACAAAACGGGACAUUGAGAAUUCCUCAUCAGUCAUCGUCCAAAAAUCCUUACAAUUUCACGCCUUUAACGACAAUAUUGUUCGCUUUUGGUGGCGUCAGCAGCAAGAAGCUGCUGGGAAUAGCGAAUGAACAUUGGAGACGGUGACGAAAACAAACACGACACAAAUGUGAAUGUACAAACAAAAUAAAAUAAAUGUACGUAGGUGCUGGCCUAGAUGUGUGGUAAGAAGCUUGCUUACCAGCUACAUGGUACCAGGUUCAGUCUCACUGCGUGGCACCUUGGGCAAACGUCUUCUACUAUAGCCUCGGGUCGACCAAAGCCUUGUGAGUUGAUUUGGUAGAUGGAAACUGAAAGAAGCCCGUCGUAUACAUAUAUAUGUGUGUCUUUGUAUCUGUUUGUCUCCACAUCACCGCUUGACAACUGGUGUUGGUGUGUUUACGUCCCCAUAACUUAGCUGUUCAGCAAAAGACACCGAUAGAAUAAGUACUAAGCUUAAAAAAUAAGUCGUGGGGUGGAUUUGUUCGACUAAAAGCCUUCAAGGCGGUGCUCCAGCAUGGCUGCAGUCAAAUGGCUGAAACAUGUAUAAGAAUAUAGAAAAAAGAAAGAAGGACUGGAAACGAUGGAAAACCAGAACAAAAGAGGGGGGAAAACGAAUGGUAAAAGGAAACAUUGAAAGUAAGGAAGGCGAGACACACACAUAACUAAACACUGGGGUUUGACUGUUGUUUCAUUAAUGGAAUUACCCACUCAUAGAAUAUAACGUAAUCUUCAAGAAGUAUUAGCGAGACACUCUGGUAUAUAACAAAGGCGACCUAUUGAACCAGUAUUUCCUUGGGCGCAACUGUCCCUUUACGAGGUUAACGUAUCCUCUAAUAAAAUUUAAUAACUACACAUAUAUAUAUAUAUAUGUGUGUGUGUGUGUAGGAAGAGUGUUUCUUUGUGGGAUAUGAACUCCUGACGAUAUAUAUAUAAUGUAUUGAGCUGUGAUAGAAUAUUCAACAAAAAAAGUACUCCAUCUGGUGAGAGAUAAAUAUUAUUUAUUUAAAGGUCACAAUGGUGAUGCAAACAGGAAAAAACAGAACUCAAAUUAUGAGUAUUUGUAAGUAAAAGUGACUCAAGGGCCGAGAGUUUCAUGCGUUGUAAUUAUUGGGUUGUCCGGAAAGUUCGUGCCGAUUUGUAGUAGCUUACCUUUCCACUUACUUGCCAUGAAACCACCUCAAUUCUGUGAAAAGGGUAUUUUCAAGUUAAAGGAAAGAUGGAGACGCAUUGUGCAACAAAAUGGUUCAUAUUUGGUUGAUUAAAAAUGUAAUGGCAAGUAUUUAUUGACCUUUUUCUUUUCUUUAAAAAUAUCGGCACGAACUUUCCGGACAACCCAAUAGUUUGAGAAGUGCCAACGCAUGAAACUCUCAGCCCUAGAGUCACUCUGUUGUUUCUACUAAAUACUAACAUAUAUGUAAUGUAAUUUAAUAUAGUUCAAUACAAUCGUUAACACGCCAGGUAAAAUGCUCAGACGGCAUUUCGUCCGUCUAUACAUUCUGUGUUCAAAUGCUGCCGAGGUCGGCUUUGCCUUUCGUCCCCACGGGUCGAGAAAAUAAAUACCAGUUGGACACUGGUCGGUUUAAUCGACUUACCCCCUCCCCAGAAAUUGUUGGCCUUGUGCCAAAAUAUUUGAAUCAAUAUUACACAUACAUACAUACAAACAAACAAGUACCCUUACACAUACAUUAAUACAUUACAGAGCUGGUCUACCUACAUACAUACACAUAUAUACAAAUACGGUAUAUUUAUACACACACAUACAUAACUAUGUAUGUGUGUAUACACACACACACACACAUACAAACCAGAGAGUAUACUCUCACAUACAUGCUUACAGAAGGUACGCACAUACACACACGACACCAUACCACGUGACUCCAAUCGCUGAAGCUGUUAAUGAAACUCUGGAAGAGAACGUUGCCUUUUAAUUUGGAAGCCUUAUCCAAGCUAAAUAUCUAUAUCCAUAUAUAUACACUCGACAUAUAUAUAAUGUACAAGCAUAUACACACAUGUAUAAACCAUUGUUCAUAGACAAACUGUUUUGGUUGGCGAGAGGGCAGCAAUAAACAGGAGCCAAAAUAAUAAUAUUGUUAUUCUUGGUUCGUGGAUUUCUUCUUUCAGUUUUGCCUUUCAACACAAUGCACGCAGCAAUUGAUAGUACGACAACAAUUAGAUCGAUAAAGGACGAGUCUGUGUUUUUUGGCGGGGUUUUGUACAACAGAAAUAGCUGUGGUGGUGUUGCUGGGUCCGUCUGUAGUCAUGUCCUUUUCUCGGAAUCUUGUUGCUGUAAACCAAGUCAGAUCGGAUGCAAGUUGGAGGCCCUCUACUUUGAUUUUACGGGGUCGGUUCUCGAUGAUCCUUUGCAUGACACACGACUGAGAAGCAUGGAGGAAUUUCGUGAAAAUGGUAUCGACUGUUCCUUAAAAGAUGUCCUGAACACACCAGAGAGAGAUAAUGGUCGAGCAACGGUCGCGAUACCCACCGACAGAAAAGGGAUUUCCGUGCCCCACAAUCGGUCUGCGACGACCAGAUGUUCUAAUCCCUUGGAUAAUCACAGAAGCAGCGGUAUUGGCACGAAGAACAUGAACCAUAUCAAUGGUAACACUCAACUUUCUUUACUGGAAACUUCGUUGUCUUUGGAGAAAAUGAAACUGGAGGAAACUUGGAACAUUUACCAAAAUAACAUAAGCAACAACAAUAACUGUAUCGACAUAGAUUCUCCUCCACACAUCCGAUACACAGAAACGAAGGAUUUUCCCAACCAUUUUAUACCAAUCUCGGCCAGCUGCACGCCUCUGGAAACCUACAUAAAUUUCAAGGAACAGAGGAAGAAGAAAAAAUCUUUAAAGAACAAUUUCUGCGUGUUUUGCAAGAACAACGGUGAAAAUGCUGUCUUGUAUUCCGGUCAUGUUCUUAAAGACGAAUUAGGCCGGGUCAGCUGUCCGGUCCUUCGUAGUUACACGUGUCCACUUUGUGGUUCGAGUGGUGACCGAGCUCACACAGUGCGUUACUGUCCGGUCGGUGCCUAUUCAGCUGUUUGCACAACAAAUUCUAUGGGUACCAGAACCGUUAAUGGCCCUUCUACGUCGCCUGCGGAUAGCAACAAAUAUCUCAAUAGCAACCACUACAACUAACAAGCAAAGAUGUUUUUCAGCAGACAAAAAUGGAAAUAGCAGGGAGCUCCAAUUCCGUUUGUAAUUGAGGUAAAGAGAACCUUAAAUUUAAAAAGAAAACAAAAAGGUAUAGUCUAAAUAUGUCCCCUCCUUCAACCAUCUUCAGUUUUUGUCUCCUAUAUUUUAAAAAGGUUUUUAAAGGGAUUUUUAUGACCAUUUCAUCCCUAUUCUGUUUUAUAUUUCACAAUGCAUCAAGGACCCGCCUUGUAUGAAAUAUUUUUCAGUUUCCUUAAAGAGAAAAUCAUACACCUUUUUGCUAUGGUUAAACUCUUGUCGAACGAUGUUUCGAAUCCCUGGCGGAACUAUUCUCGCUAAGCAAUAGCGGGUCCUUACAAAAAGCAAGAAUUUCACUUUAUUUCCAUCUCUUAAAAAAAAAAAAUGAAAAAUCAAGAUUCAUUGCUUAUUUAAAAAGGAAUUAAUAUAUAUUCUUAAAAAAAAAAAAAACUUGAUUUUAAAUAUGUUUUUAGUUGGUUUAAUUUUUGACAAAUUGAAAGACAAGGAAUUUUUAAACCAAAACUGAAAAAAAAAAUUCAAAAGAAAAUAUAUUUAAUAAUUUUUCUUUUUAUAUUUUAUAAUUUUAUUUUACAUAUUCGAAAGAGAAGAGACAAUUGUAUGUUUGUAAAGUAAAAUACCAUAUUUGUGGUAUUUUAAUUACCUUGUAGAAUCUAAAAUAUAUAAUUAGCCAAAUUGACAACACAAACUUUAUUACAAACACAAAAUGACAAAUUGAUUCAUUUAAUGUUACUUAGAAUUAAGUCUUUGCGGUUGACAGAAUACAAUAUUUCCGUUUGAAUGUAGAGUGGGAACUGGUACGAAUUGUUAAAAUAAAAGCCUAAAAUAAUAGA